AUGGAGGACAUGGACAUCGAUCAGGUAGUGGAUGUACCUGACACGCCUGAUAGAUUAGCUUCCAGACACAUUACUGGCAGGGAAUCUGUUGGUAAAGUCUGUAAUUCACCAUUAGCUUGUGACUUGAGUAAUCCAGAUGUUGUGGAUGAAAACUAUGUGAAUGGACCGAAGGUCAGGGGAAGGUUCGUCAGUGAAAAUGGGCAUAAUAGAAGAAUUGUUAUACAUCCUCCAAGAAAUCUUAGCAAUCUUGAUAUUAAGAGUUGCAGCAACUCAAAUGUUGAUAAUUCAUCUGCUUCCCAUAAUGCUCACAUCUUUCGGAGAGCAACAGUGGGCAAAAGCUCCAGUCGUGAAGCCAAAUAUUCUACUGGAAUUGAAAAUAUGGAUGAAGGAAAGGCUAUGACCAUCAAAGUUCCUUCUAAAUCAUCUUCUUGCCAUGAAAACGCUAAAUUUUUUGAUUUAACCAAACACAAUGGUCACACCCAAUUAACGAAAAAGGUUUUUCCACAUGUUGAAUUGGAAGAUCAUGUUGCUGAAGACACAAGAAAAGGGCAAGUUGCGUCAAUUGGCAGUUCUUCUGUAGAUUGCAUUUCAAGUCAUGCGGAGAGAUCCAGAAAUGCUCCCAAGGGGAAAGAAAAAAUAGAUGAUAAUACAAAGGGUUUUGGGUUAGCUGUGGCUCUUGACAAGGGGGUUGGUCUGUCCAUUGAUCCUGAACUUAAAAUGGGGCAACAAAUGCCCGUUCCUCUUCAUUCUGUUAUGCAGCCAAGAGUCAGUGGCCAAAAAAGGUUGGUACGAAAUGGGUGUAUUUCCCCCCAUAAUAUAGCAACAAGGACUAAACAGUUAGCUGAACAGCGUAGCAAUUGUUCCAAGGAUAUUGAACAAAGUCACACAGGAAAUGCAGAUUCCAAUGGUUCACCAUAUGUCAUAGACAUAAAUGACAUAGUUACUGAAGGAAAUAAUAGUGAAAGACUGAAAGGGAAAGGGAAAGGUGUAAUAAUUCAUUCUCCUACACCUAAGGCGAAUAAUGCAAGAAUUAUUCGUACAUCAGGCAGCAGUCUUGUGAAUAAUAAUAAAGAAGCUAAUGGAAUAAGGGAUGUCAGUAGCAAUAUUUCUGGACGCUCUGAAGGACUAGGUGGCUGGAGAACUACACGUAAUCGUUCAAGUCAAAUAGAUUAUUUCUUGCCUGAUUCCACUGAGCCUCUUCCCAGGAGAACUAAUGGUGUUGGGAACUUUGUCAAUCAACAUCAAAACAGAGUAGAGAGGAGAGAUACCAGGAGUCGAGGAAAUCGAAGGACUGAAGAUGAUGUGGCAGAAGAACUGAAUGCAGCUCAAAAAGCUUCUGGACUUGUGUCUGAGCUGGACCGGAUACCUGGGUCAUGUCAUGCAGCAAAGACAGUUACUAAAAGGCAGAGGAAACAGGGAUUAAGUUUGGGAAAUCAUGCUGAAUGCUCUACAUCGGUGUCCGGGGACUCAGAUAUUGCUUUUCUUGGUUCAUCUGAAAAUUCAAAAUCAUCUAGGAUCCAGAGACCUCAAUUUCAGGGAAUGUCAAGUCGAGUUAUUGAGGUUGAUGACUUAUCACCUGCUGCAGGGCACUCUGUGCCCCAAAGUAUUGAUUCCAUUAAUGAUGAUUCCAAUGCUAGGGCAAGACAACUAGAAGCAGAUGAGAUAUUGGCUCGUGAACUCCAGGAGCAAUUAUAUCAUGAGGUGCCUAUCAGUGGAGGUGGCGAGCAGAUUGAUGAACAUCUGGCGUGGGCACUGCAGCAGGAGGAGAAUGCUUCAAAUACUUCUAGAGGAAGUCACAAUUUAUCACAUCGUAGAGGCUCAACAAUCUUGCAUUCGAAUAGACAAUCACGGCCAGAGUCUUUUCAAAAUCAUUCCAAUAGGAGAGGAACCCAGGCUCGAGUUGCUACCUCAUCUAGAAUGGCACAGUUAAGGACUCGCUUUCGCAACCAGUCUCCUAGAGUAUCAACUAGAGGAAGAAAUAUGCGAUUUCCUUUGGACAUGGAUCUAGACAUGAGACUUAAUAUAUUAGAAGCUAUAGAGGCAGCAUUUGACGACCUUGGUGAGGUGGGACUGGAUAAUCGCAUGCUUCGAGUUCAGAGGGAUUUUAAUGACAAUGACUAUGAGAUGUUGUUGGCACUCGAUGAUAAUAAUCAUCAGCAUGCUGGUGCAACAGUUCAUCAAAUUAAUAAUUUGCCACAAUCUACAGUACAGAGUGAUGCCUCAGAAGAAGCCUGUGCAAUUUGUCUUGAAACUCCAACAAUUGGAGAAACAGUUCGCCAUCUUCCUUGCUUGCACAGAUUUCACAAAGAUAAUAAAGGCUGCAGGCUUUCAUUACUGGAUAGAUGCGCAGUCGACUUGUGGUUCUUGGGAUGCCCUGCACAGGUGAAGGUUGGGUAG